GCUCAUCUGUUUGUAUGCGUGUGAACUCGGUUUCGUGCUGGAACAACAGGGAAAGGACGCAGCCGAUAAUGAGCGCCUUUAUCUUCCUACAUUUAUAUCAUUUGCUGAAUCCAAUUGUGUUAGAUACUAGUCCCUCCUUCACGGUUUGUCAGGAAGGUUCAUGUGUGUGAAGGCUAGAUAACACGGGUGUGUAUGGUACAUGUGAAGACAGGGCUGAUAUGAAGUAAGACACACCAGGAAUGGAAACACGGUGAAGAAAAAAUACAAUCAUGGCAGACAUAGAGACAUCAACACAGACUGGGGGCUAUGAUGUGGACAUGUUUGUGGACACCCCAGACUAUGAUCUCAUAUGCACUAUAUGCCAAGGGGUUCUCCGGUGUCCAGUGAGAGCUGCAUGUCACCACAUCUUCUGCAAGAAAUGUAUUUUACAGUGGCUCAAAAGGCAAGAGACCUGUCCGUGCUGCAGAAAGCCCAUAAACCCAAACUUAAUCUUUGUCAUGUUUAAACUAAGUAAAUCUAUUGGACACAUGAAGAUCAAGUGUAAGAAUGAGAUCCGUGGAUGUGCUGACACUUUUCCACUCUCUGAACAAUACUGCCACAGUAUGAGCUGUUUGUAUGAGCUGAUCCAAUGCCCUUAUCAGGGCUGCCGUGCACAGCUCCUGCGCAGGGACCUGGACACUCAUGCUCACCAUUGUGAACAUUGGAGGCAGCCCUGCCAAAUGGGUUGUGGAACCAUACUCUCCCACAGCACACAAGCACAACACAAUUGUUACAAACAGCUGAGGCAGGAAUAUGAGGCCCGGCAGAGGAACUACAGAGCUAUUGCCACUGCCCUCCAGAGGAAGAUGAAGAGGAUGCAGAGCACCAUGGCCCACAUGAAGAGGCAGAUCAGUCUCAUCUGUGAGGGUCUGGAGGUGAUGGAAGACCAGCCGGAGUUAGAGGAGGAAGACCCUGGAGAAAGGAGUGGCAGCUCUGGAAACUUCAUCAACUGCUAAGCCAUAUUAUGCUG